AUCCGGUUGAGGGACACUGGGAUAGGUGAGGCUGAGCUGUUGGCCAAGCGUCCCCUCAACUGUGAGAAGCGGAAGAACUACAAGUUUGACAUCACUGCCAUCUCCUGCAGUGGUGUUGAAUCUCAGAAUGUAACAGUGCAUGUGAAGGUGAAUGACGUAAAUGAGUAUGCACCAGUGUUUAUUGAGCCAUCAUACGUUGUGGGAGUUGAUGAGGGCCGCCUGUAUGAGGAGAUCCUCACUCUGCAGGCUGAUGACCAGGACUGUUCACCAAAGUUUGGAGACAUUUGCCGCUAUGAGCUCCUCACCAAGGAUCAGCCAUUCAGUAUUGACAGCGAGGGUGUGGUCCGGAACACAGAGUCCCUCGAUUAUGAGAAGUCUCACAACCACAUCCUCUCGGUGGUUGCCUUUGAUUGUGGGAUGAAGCGCUCUCAAUCUGUCAUGGUGACAAUAAAGGUCAACCGUGUGUGUCACUUGGGUUGGAAGGGUAUCCCCGAUCAGGUAGAAUACUCACCUGGCUCUGGACGUCUCGAGUUGUUCCCAUCAUCAUCAUUGGAGUUGUGUAAUGUCCCAUGCCACGUGGAGCGCGUUCAGUCUCGCAUCGGCCUAACCACCAGCCACAUUGGCAAGGGCUGUGACCGUGAUACUUAUUCCGUGGCAGCUCAGAGGAAGAUGUGUGGAGCAAGUUCUGACAGCAUUGAGCUCCUUCCUGCCCCUGGAGUUGGCAAAGACUGGACUGCUGGCCUACAUUCAGAUGAAGGCCACGAAGGGGACCUCAUCUAUGAGUUUGAAGGCGACUCCUCCGGGGCCAUGGUACCUGAGUCCGUCCUUGACCACAACCUGACCAACACCUUCACCAUCUCCACCUGGCUCAAACACAAGUCACACCCAAACAUGGACAAGCAUACAAAGGAACACAUCCUGUGCAACGCUGAUGACCACAAGAUGAACCGCCACCACACAGCAUUGUUUGUACGCAACUGUCGUCUUAUUCUCCUACUGCGCCGUGAGUCCACUGAGGCCAACCUCAACACCUUCCAGCCAGCAGAGUGGCGGUGGAAGCUUCCUCAGGUGUGUGACAAUGAGUGGCAUCACUACUCCGUACACGUCAAGUUCCCAGAAGUGACCCUGUAUGUUGAUGGACACAUCUUCCGACCAGAGAACGGAGAGUCCCCUGAGGUGAUCGAUGACUGGCCACUGCACCCAACACGAGGCAUCAACACCACCAUGACUGUUGGGGCAUGCUGGCAAGGAUCUGAGAGCAACAUGAAGCAUGGCUUGACGGGUUACCUCGCUGGCUUGUCAGUACUAGUGGGAGCCCUGGAAUCACCACGAGUCCUUUCUUGUCUCACACGCUGCCAAGAAGCCCUUGAUACUCCUGCCAUGGAACUCCUACAGCCUAGCAUGGAGCUCCUCACCAACAAUGAGAUGACGCAGAUCACCAUUGAAGGUAAUAAUGUGACCAACUUGGAGACUUUGGUCCGGCGUGUUGCUUAUGUUAAUGGCAGAGACUUCCCCACACCUGGACGCCGACCCAUCUCUGUUACCACCAACAUUUUGUGUGAUUCUGGAAAGGCAUUGAAAGUAGCAACAGCCCAGAGCUUUGUGGUGGUCAUGCAGCCCCAUCAGCCAAGCAUUGAACUCAACGGCACAACCAACUUUGCAGAAGAAUACGAAUCAUUCCGUCAGGGUCUUCGCGUCUUCCCUGAUGUCGCGGUAUACUUAUCAGCAGCUGCUGAGGAAGCCACUGCCCCUACCCCAGGAGGACAGCUGGACGAGUGUGUGGUCUCUGUCUACCCACCACUAAACCCCGACCAUGAGACUUUAGUGCUCCCUGACAACCUCAUUUCAGAACUAGGACUAGUAUCAUCUAUCACAAGGCAGGGAGCAACCGUUUCUGGCGCCCACACUAAGUACCACUAUCAGUCCAUCCUUCGCCAGAUUCAUUAUGCCAACCGCAAGCCUGCAUAUUACCUCAACCGUGCAUUCAAGCUGUCAUGCUCUGAACUAGGUGGCAGAUUUACCAGCAAUGAAUACGUCCAGACGGUGACAGUGAUCCACCCCCAACUGAGUGUAGACAGGAGUGCAGGGCUCACUGGCAGUAGCAGCCCCAUGUCCAACAACAUCCCUGAGAUUCCAGGGCACCUUAGCCACACCUCUCAUAGCCAGGGAGCAGAGAAUGGUGGCCCCCUCACCCAUCACAACCCACCACCCGCACCAGCUCAUGCCAAGAUAUCUUCUCACCAUGUAGAGCUUAAGCCCGCCCAUACUGUCAACGAUGUCUACUUUACCUCAAAUGUCAUGGAAGGAGUGGCAGUGAAUAGUGCAGACCUGUAUGGGGGUAGCAGGACCCAGGUGGCUGUGCUCGCUGCGGGACAUGCAGUGACCAUCAUCAUCGUUGUGUGCGUGGGCUUCCUGGUAUUUAUGGUGGUGCUGGGAGUGAUCCGCGUCCGUGCUGCUCACACACGUAACACACACGAAGAUGUUGCUGAUGCAGAGAUGGCCUGGGAUGACUCCUCCCUCAACAUCACUGUCAACCCUAUGGAGCAACAACUGGAGCUGGCAGAGACGCAGCGCUUGAGGGAUGAUGAUGACGAUGACGAUGAUUCUUCUGAUGAUGGCAGCAACUUCAAUGAUGACUUGGAUUCCUCAGAUGAAGAUGAAGGAAAACCUAAAGAGCUGGAGUGGGAUGAUUCCACCCUCAAGAUAUAAUUUUUUUCUAAUUUUUUUAGUUGUCUUAACUGAAAACCUGCUUAGACACAGUGGGCUGGUUCAUAUAGGACAGAAUGAUCACAUCCUUCUUAGAGACUAACUUGAAAUUUUAAUAUUAUUUUUAAGUUUUUUAAAUCUAGAGUAUUUGAGGAAAGCUUAUAAUUGCCCUUAACAGACUAAUGAGACUGUACAGUACCAGCUUAACAUACUAAGCAUUCUCUUUUCUAUGACUGGCUGGUCACUCUAUCCUGCCAAGCACUGUAGAUUUGCCAUGUCGCCCAGAUGACUAACCUUCAGAGAGAUGAUCUUGGGAUGUCAGCUGUUGAUUCAUCAGUUCUGUACAGGGUCCAUCAUAAGUGUCUCAGAGAGUGUGGAGGAUUAUGCGUACACGAUAUUCUUAUAAGAAUAUUACUCGCAAAAAUUCCUGUCUUAUGAAUAGCCAUACAUGCCACUAGUUAUUAUCAGAUGUUUUGUUAUUAGCACAGAUGUUUUAGGAAUAGACUAUAUCACUUGCAAAAGAUUAUAAACUACCUGAACAUUGAUGGAUAUAUACAUUUAUAUACAUAUAUAUAUACUAUUGUGAAAUGAAAAUGGUUCAGGCAACUUUAUUUGAAUGAUGAGGCAGCGUGUAUCUUGUGUAAUAUAGUGUUUAAACUGAUUCCACAACAUUGUCACAAAUUUCUGAAGCAGUUUCUCUGAAGACUAUGUUGUCUUUCCAGCACUGAAAGUUAACGCUGGGUGAUUUGCCUCCCAGUAGUACUGACUAUUGAGAGGAGUGAAAAACUUUUUGACGAGUUGGAAUUGGAGGUGGAUCCUGGAGGUGCCACUUGGAGGACUCUGUAUCCACUUUAGUCUGCUUAUAUUUUUGAAGGGUGUGGUGGCAGCUUGCACAUUGCCGAACAAGAAGACCUGGCAAUAUUUGCACUGAAUGAUAGAAAUGUUUACAUAUCUCAACCUGCCUAUAUUAUUUGGUAUCAUAUUACUUUGUAGAAUAAUCAAUAUAGCAAGAUGUAUGUAUUUAGUAGUCCACUAUAGUCUAAAAAUGAAGUGUUUAGUCACAAGCUAUGUAAAAAAAAUACAAUAAUUUUGCUAAUAUUAAUCUUUUUAAGGCACCAGAAUGUGAAUGACAAAGAUAUUGAACAAAGUGUCAUAUGUGUGAUAUACAGACUUGUCACUUCACAGAAAGCCUAAGCUGGCAACCAGACACAGGGAUGGCUCUCCUACGUUGCACUAUAACGAUGUGAGGGAAAAUGAGCCCUGUGGAUUGUCAAUGCAUGGCCCAUAGUCGCCUGACAUGUCACAAAUUUAGGCAAGAGGCAUGUAUUAAGAUGUAAUAAUUAUUUUCUUCAUGUCUUCAUCUGAUAUGUACAUUUUUGUCUGAAGAUAAUGUUUAUACUAAGAAGGCCUUAUGUACUUAAGGAGAGUUAGGAGAAAAUCAAUAGGAGCUUGAUGGCACACGUCUGUAGACCUCAGGAUAUCUUAGCCAGUGUGGGAGACCUGUCGCUGUGUUCACAGACUCCUCCUCUCAUAUUGUCAUAUAUUAGCAUUUGCACAGCAAAUCUUUAACCCAGGAGUCUUCUGCUGGUUGCUUCACAUCUAUGCUAUUCAGAAACUAACACAUAUCAAUGCUUUUAAGUUUAGUUGUAAUAUUAAUAUUUUCUAUUCCUUUUUAGCUCUUAAUUAAGGGGAUCAGUGAAUGUUAUGCAUAUAAUUUGUGGAUCUUCUGGCAGAUAUUGCAUUUAGGUCGAUAUGAGAGGACAGUCUGUGUCAAAACUUUUAUAAAUAUUAACCAAGUAUCCUUUCCAUUUUAACCUGAGUUUGAAUUUUAAGAUAACAUCUGCUCCAACUCACAGUGGAAGACAAGGUUUAUCAAUUCAAUAUUUUGAUUACAUAUCUGUAUAAAGCUGAUGCUUUAGCUGUAAAUUUUAAAGUAGCUUCUUGUCUGACAGUGUGAGAUGAGCAAUAAUUUGGUUAUUUUGUGGUUGGUAUGUAUCAGAAUACAUGAUGUAUAAUACAAUAGUAGGCCUACUCUAUGGACUGCAAAGCAGCAGACUCCUUUGUAAUAAUUUUCUUGGCUCUUAUUUCAAGGACUGUAGUUAUUUUAAGAAUCAACCAUUAAACCUAGUAUUGAACUCAUGAAAUGGAAGUGUGCUAGCUGAAGCAUUUAAAGUAGGCCUUCUAAAUUUUGUAAAUUCACUCUGUACAAUGAGUCCCAUCGUAAACCUUUCCUAUGUCGCUUCUUCUCAAUUGUACUGCUAUCCUGACAUGUACUUAUGGCAGCAUAUAUUUGCCAGGAUAUCUACAAGCUCUUAGAUAAUAACAAUCAAAAGGUUAUCCUACGUGUAAAUGUGGAGAGGUUCGUGAUUGCGAUUCUUAGACUAGAAGUUUCCGUAUAGCACAUUUUAAUAUUAAUAACACACAAAUGUGUUUUAUGGAAGUACUGUCCAAGGCUCAAAAUCACUCAUCACAUCACAAAUUGCAUCAAUCAGGGCAACAGUUGCCUUACUAAACAACUUUCAAAACUUGAAGUAUAGUGUUAAUAUAUUACAUUGCAGUUUUAAUAUGCUGAUCAUUGUUAAACUAUAAAUAAUGAUUAUUUUUAUUAAACCACUGCUAAUGGUAGAAGGUACACUAUACCACUGAAGGUGCAUAAUUGAUAGGUUUUGAAAGUCAUCAGUCACACACCUGUUGCACUGUUUGGUGAGAUUGUUAGCUCGUAUAUGAAAUUCUCAGUGUUCAGAGUGUUGAUGUAAAAUAUGUAAUGAGUAUGGAUAAUCUGUGACGAGUCGGUAAUUGAUCUGUAACAUUCCGUUGUAGAUGACAGCAGCUUUUUUGUUGUUUGAAUGAUAGACUUAAAGGACCAGGUUUUUUUGUUUUAAAGGCGGCACGCAUCCCUCCCUAAAGAACAAAAUUUAGUUCCUGUAAUUGCUUAUCAUGUAGAAUCUGUAUAGAGCAGCAUGCAGCAGUUGCUUGACAGAGAUACAUCAGCAACUUCAUUAUGUUUCUUUUGACAGCUCUAUGCUUCUUGCUUGUGCUUUUAUGAAAGUGACAGAUAAGCUUUUAGUUAGCAUAAACAGUUUUGUUAGGACUUAACCAUGAACAUGAAUCAUGAUAGUUUUAUUUUGAUACCUCACAAAGCAAGAUUUGCCAGGAUUUUUGUAAUGCAGCCGUUUGUAAAGGAACAACCGUGCACCAGUGACGCCAAACUACAAAAAAAGGAAGGGGGGGGCAGGGUACUGAUGCUGGAUAACUCCUUGAGGGUUGUAAUGACUUCCAACUACAGUAUUGUACAGUAAUACUGUAUUGUAUCUUCUGUGUGAAUAUGUACCACCAAUACAUAAUGAGAUGACUUCAAAUUUAGCUUUGAUAAUUGCAUUGUAGUUAAUGUCAUCUCAUCUUUAGCAAUAACAAAAUGCUUGUCAGUUUUUUUAUAUACAUGGCAGUGUAUUAGACAUAGCAAUAAUCCUCUUUGAUCAUUAAGGUCAAAUAUAUCCUAAAGUUUAAACUUUUGGCAUUUAAAAUAUUUUCAUUCAUGGAUGAAAUUUUUACAGUUGAGUUGAACUUUUAAAAAUUACAGAAAUUUAAGUCAACUCGGUCUUUGAAGGUCCUUUUUGGCGGCGCUGGUGAGACAACACACACGAAGGGUUGGGAUGGCGCUGGCCGCAGGGUGUAGGCAGUCUGCACAAAACCCCUGGCUUAUGUAAUCCGUCAUCAAUAAAAACCUACACCCAA